CCUUUACUCAUAGAGACUUCAUGCUCAUGAAGGUGAUGGGUAGCCUGGUGAAGAAAUCAGAAGCUGCUUUACUUGAAAUACCAGUUGUUGUGAGGGAUGGGAGGCAGCAAGACAGAGUUAUAUAGUCCAGACCUGACCAUUCACGGCACAUCAGCUCACAGGCUGUCUGCCCCCCUCUGCUUCCUCCAGGCUCACAGGAAUUCCAGACCACACCAAGCCACCAUGAGUUCACUCGGUGAAGGAAUCAACCACUUUGCAGUCGACCUGUUCCAACAGAUCAGACAAUCAGGGAGGGAAAAUAUCUUCUUUUGCCCUUUGAGUAUCAUGUCAGCCUUAGCCAUGACUUCCUUGGGGGCCCGAGAACACACGGCGUCACAAAUCCAGAAGGUCCUGCACUUUAAUGAAAUCACAGAGAACAAAAAAGGAGGAACUACAGUUGAUCCUGUUGAAAAGCCAGGAUAUAUUCAUCAUCAAUUUCAAAACCUUCUGACUGACUUAAAGAAAUCCACUGAUGCCUAUGAGCUGAACAUAGCCAACAGGCUCUAUGGAGAAAAGACUUUUCUGUUUCUGCAGGCAUACAUGGAUAAUGUUAAGAAAUUUUACCUAGCCAGUGUGGAAUCUGCUGAUUUUGUCAAUGCUGCAGAAGAAAGUCGGAAGAUGAUUAAUUCCUGGGUGGAAAGCCAAACUAAUGAAAAAAUCAAGGAUCUCUUUCCCAAAGACUCUCUGGGUAGCUUCACCGUUCUGGUUCUGGUGAACGCAGUCUAUUUCAAAGGGAAGUGGUGCCAGAAAUUUAAGAAAGAAGAUACUGGGGAGGAAAAAUUUUGGCUGAACAAGAACACAAGCAAAUCUGUGCAGAUGAUGAAACAAACCGAUGACUUCAAUUUCACGUCACUGGAGGACAUGCAAGUCAAGAUCCUGGAAAUACCGUACAAAGGCAAAGAGCUAAGCAUGAUGGUGCUGCUGCCCAAUGAAGUAGAUGGUCUGCAGAAGCUUGAAGAUCAACUCACUGCUGAGAAGUUAAUAGAGUGGACGAGCCCACAGAAUAUGAGGGAGAGACAAGUGAAUUUACACCUACCUCGGUUCAAAGUGGAGGAGAGCUAUGACCUCAAGGCCACGCUGGAAGCCCUGGGGAUGGUGGACGCCUUCAGUGAGGGGAAAGCCGACUUCUCAGGCAUGACCGGGAGACGAGAUCUGGUGGUGUCGAAAGUCAUCCACAAGUCCUUCGUGGAGGUGAAUGAGGAGGGCACGGAGGCCGCAGCUGCGACUGGAGUAGAAGCUGUUUAUUACUCAAGUAGCAUUCCAGACAGUUUCCACUGUGACCACCCUUUCCUGUUCUUCAUCAAGCACAAGAAGACCAACAGCAUCCUCUUCUACGGCAGAGUCUCUUCCCCUUAGAUGUGAUUAGCCAGCGGCUACACUCGGGGGACAUUCACAGAGCUGUUCCCGAACCUUGAUUGCUGGAAGUAACAGGUUCUCUUUGAUUCAUUUUCCUUUCCAAACUCAUAGUCAUCACUAAGAAUGUGUUGGUUGAAAUACCAUGUCUGUCUGUCUCUCUCUUUCUACAGACCCAUGUAAACCUACUCUGUCUCCCCAUGGUAACUCCUCUUCGGACAAGAUGUUCAGUAUAUUCUAAAAGGUUAUUUCAACACUCUAUAUUCUACAAAGUUUGAAAUAUCAUACCUCCUAUUUCAGAAAUUAUAUCUACUAUUCAAAACUAUUCACUUAGACACAUUUAUUUGAAUUUAGGUGAUAUAUGGGACCCUUACGUGUCUAAAUUUUUUGAUUUUGUGAAAUGCAUUAUCAAUAAAACAAUGACUUAUU